GUACAAACCAACCACUUGUCGGUUUACCAUUGUGCACUUGUGCGAGACCCUCUUUCCAUCUCCCUUCUUCUGCACGUCUCCUCGCCACGCUUCACCAAUGAGUCUUCCGCCUCCCGUCAUGCGCCGUCUCGUGCGGGAAAUAACACACCUGCAAACGUCGCCUCCUGAAGGGAUCCGCAUCCAAACGAGCGAAGAUAACCUGCUAGACCUGACAGGGAUCAUCGCAGGGCCAGAGGGAACGCCGUACGCGGGUGGCUAUUUCAAAGUCAGAUUCACAUUCACAGAAGAAUUCCCUACUGCGCCGCCCAAAUGCCGAUUCGCUACGAAGAUCUUUCACCCGAACGUCUCGGGGGCGGGGGAGAUCUGUGUGAAUACCCUCAAGAAGGACUGGAAGCCGACAUAUGGGAUUGAGCACAUCCUUGUGACCGUCAAAUGCUUGUUGAUUUAUCCGAACCCGGAAAGCGCACUGGAUGAAGAGGCAGGCAAACUGUUGCUCGAGGACUACGCGAGCUAUUGCAGCCGCGCAAAGCUCAUUACCAGCGUACAUGCCACUCCGAGAGUGCGGCCUAUCGAAUUCGACACACCCUCUGCCUCAGACGACACAACCACCGCACCAUCUCCUUCAACCUCCAUAUCCUCACCACCUUCCCCUCCACCUCCCUCUCUCUCCGCUACACUCACGAAAGCCGCGACGGCACCGUUAUCCGUGGGGUCUUUGGCUGUUCCGGCAGUGACCCGCAAGCCGUCAUCGCCUGUGCCAACCGUAGCUCACGCCAUUCCGCUCAAGUCGUCGCCCGGAUCUAACACCGGGAUAACGGGCAAGGGCGAUAACGGAAUCGGUUUGAAAGAUCGGCACUGCUCGCCUUCGCCUCUGAGCACUGCGGACUCGAAUGUGGGGCUCGCCGUACCGACAGUUGCUCCCACCACCCUCCCAGCGUCUGGCAACAAAGCCGUCAAGCGGGCGGCAACAGGUGCGACGAGUGGCGCAGAAAAACGCAAGAAGGCGCUCAAACGCCUUUGAUCGUUUGUUGGGUGUAUCCAUCUUCUCAUGAUCUAUUCUUCCUCUAUAGCCUUUCUGUGCACACACACAUCUUACUCUUGCGCUACCUGUAUAAGCCGAUAUUUGUCUGUAUUUCCAUGUGAUACAACCCAUCUAUACAUCAAUAGGUGUGUC